UCUUAUCAUAUAUAAGUAAUCAUUUGUCACACCAUUCAUCUUAAAUCAUCAACAUUUCCUAGCUUACAUUAAUAAAACCUCGAAAAAGCUACUUAUUAUCUGAAAAAAUUCAAGAUUUUGCAGCUGAUCUUAGAUGGAGAGUGGAACUAGUGAUGGAAGCUGUGUAAGGUUGCAGAUAGCUGAGCUGAAGUCGAAGCUAAGCGAAACAGGGAGUUCAGCUGGCACCAUUUAUGAGCCUGGAAUUAGUGUCGAAAAAGGGGAGAGUAGUAAUUUUAGUCCUGAUGAUUCUUUAAGGAGAAAUAGCCACAGGGCACCAGAACAGAAGCUGACAUUGUUUGCUCUGAGGCUGGCUGUGCUGGAGAAAGCUGCGACAGGGUUGGGAACAUUAGGCUUCAUCUGGGCCACCGUGGUUUUGCUAGGCGGAUUUGCUAUUACUCUUGACAAGACAGAUUUUUGGUUUAUUACCAUUAUAUUGUUGAUUGAAGGGACAAGAAUUUUCAGCAGGAGUCAUGAGCUUGAGUGGCAGCAUCAGGCCACGUGGUCGAUUGCUGAUGCUGGAAUCAAUAGCUUUCGUGCAAUCAGAUCAAAUUCACGGUCUGUGAUCACAACUGUCAAGUCCUUUUUCAGGCCUGUUGUGAAGGCUAGUCAACAUGGUAGAGAGAUCACAAGGAAUAGGAAGAUGGAAAUUCAGAAGAAGGCGCCUAGUCGGGUGUGGACUACUACAGAUGUUCCACUUCUUCCGUAUGCUCCUUGGGUUUUCUUGUCAAGAAAUGUUAGUAAACUUCUUUACUGGCUUCAACUUGCAUCUGCAAGUGCUUGUGUUGGUCUGUCUCUGGUGAAGCUUGUUAGGCAUAAUUAUGGGGAAGUAGCUAAAGGGGAUACAGACAAGAGGAAUAGACAAGCAGCUCUCAAUAUUUUUUAUUCCUUGGCAUUGGCAGAGGCUCUGCUGUUUUUGCUUGAGAAAGCUUAUUGGGAAUGGAAAGUCAUUUGUUGUAGAUUGUUGGAACAAGUUAAUAAAGAAUGUGAACUUGGCCCCUCAGGUAUGGUUUCAAUCAGAAGAUUUUUCUAUGACGCGUACUCCAGAUGCGUUUCAGGAAGCAUUUUUGAUGGCCUUAAAAUGGACAUGGUAUCAUUUGCCAUGGAUCUCUUGGCCUCAAGUUCUCCUGAUGAGCAGCUGAUUGGAGCACAAAUUCUACGAAGCUUUGCAGCAAAUGAUCGGUUUUCAGAUGAUACGCUACAGAAGAUUGGAAUAUCAAUAUCAGUGAUGGAAAGGUUAGUAGAGAUGUUGAACUGGAAAGAUCCACAAGAAGAAGAAAUAAGGCAUUCAGCAGCCGAGAUUCUGUCAAAACUAGCUGGGAAGAAACAAAAUUCCCUUCGAGUUGCAGGCAUACCUGGUGCUAUGGAAUCAAUAUCCUCUCUUUUACAUGUCAGUAGGACUUCCACUGCUGCAGCUGAUGAGAUAUUUGAAAAGAAGAUCAUCUUUGACAGCGAAAAUUAUGGGGUUUGGACAUUUAACCAUUUGGGGCUUCUCAUUCUCAAGAAGCUUGCCCGUGACCAUGACAACUGUGGAAAGAUUGGAAACACAAGAGGACUAUUACCAAAGAUCAUUGAUUUCACUCAUGCAGAUGAGAGGUUACUCAAAAAUGGCAAGGCUUCACCAUCUCAAAUUUUGACUGUCAAAAGAUCUUUGCAAGUUGUGAGGAUGCUUGCAAGUACAGCAGGUGCCACAGGAAAACAGCUCCGCAAAGAGAUUUCUGAGGUAGUUUUGACAAUCAGCAACAUAAGGGAUAUAUUAAGAUGCGGUGAAAAACAUCCAGUGUUACAAAAACUAGGCAUAGAGAUUUUAACUAGUCUGGCAUUGGAGGAAGAUGCAACCGAAAGAAUUGGAGGAACAGGUGGAUUACUCAAGGAAUUGUUCAACAUUUUCUUUAAACAGGAGAUCCCAGAUAAUCAGAACCAUGUAAAGAUUGCUGCCGGAGAAGCACUAUCAAUGUUAGUACUAGAAAGCAAGAACAAUUGUCAUCGGAUCUUGAAGCUUAAUGUAACUGAACAGCUUGUCAGUGCAUUAGAGAUUCCAGUGCUUCAUGUAAAUGCAGCAAGAAUACUGCGAAACUUGUGUAGCUACAGCGGAUCACAUUGUUUUGACAAACUAAGAGACAUUACAACUGCAACACCUACUAUUCUUAAAGCAAUUAUGACAGCAGAGAAUAAGUUGCAAGAAGUAAUGAUUGGACUAGCAGCACAAGUUUUCAGAUAUAUGCCACCUAAAGAAUCAAGCAGCAUGUUCGAAAGAGCUGGAAUUCAUGAGGCAGAAUUAGCAGGAGCACUAGUCCAAAUUCUGAGGAAAUAUCCGUAUCCUCAAAUUAAGAUUCCAAGAAUAAGAAGGUUUGCGAUAGAGUUGGCAAUUUGGAUGAUGAGAGACAAAGAUACAAACAUAACAAUGUUCAGGGACUUGGGAAUGGUGAAGGAGCUGGAAAAUGUUAUAGAGACCACAUCAGAGCUUGAAAGUUUCAAUAUUUUCUCCGGUACUGUUGGGCUCAGCCGUCAUAGCACAACAAUCCAUUCACUAGUGGAAACCGCAAUGCAGUUGCUUGAAACUGAGUAAGUUACAGAAAUGAAAUAUUUGCAAGAAAAAAAGAGGAUGCUGAUGCUGAAGUUAUCUAAAUGUAAUAAGCCUGUACAUAUUACUGUAUUGUUGUUGUAGGAGAUUCUUUUAUUAUAUCAUUAUAUUUUUCAAAAGAAAUUUAACUGUAUUAAUAUU